GCGAGCGAGCAGAUUCGGAGUGCAGUAAGCCUGGGCAUGCAAAAAGUUGAGCUGGGAAAACUCGCACAUUCCAAUUGUAGCCACCUGAUUAUCACUUCGCCAACUCGUUCACCAAAAGCCACUUCCGCCACUAUGACGACUUCUGCCACAAUAAACACCACCACCAAAGCCAAUUCCUUCGACAUCAAGCCGUUUGGCCAGGGCUUAAACUUUGGGGCGGAGAUUCGUGGACUGGACCUCAACAACAUGACAGGUAACGACGGCUGCGACUCUACCGGUUCUAGCCCGCUGUUUGGAGAAACCCCAGCUGACGAAGCUAUUGUAGACGAUGACGUCAACAAAUUUCGUGAGGUGAUCCAGCAAUACUUGGUUGUUGUCGUAAAAGGCCAGGCAAAUGAGCUUCCCAGCAAGAACUGGGAGCUGUUGCGAAGGCUUGAUCCCGACUCUCCCGAGUUGACUGAUGACGAAUGGGCCAAGAUGUACAAUCCCGAGGGAAAGGGAAUUCUGGUAAUUUCGAAUAUUCUACAGCUCGAUGGAAAGACUCAAGUUAACCACUUUGUUCGGCAGGCUAAACUUGGCUACUCGUUAAUCCCUGGCGCUGGUCGUCUAUAUCUCAUGGGUAAAGGAUACCAAGGAGAGGAUCACUUCGGGCUGAAGGACGUUACGAUCGAGGAGCCAUUCGCCGACCUCUAUUAUUCUAAGCCCCUGCCCAAGGAGGAUUUUGAAAAAGGCAUCGCACGCUUCCAGUCGUGGCACAUGGACGGCCCGCAGUAUGUCGUCCACGGCCCCAUAUAUACAUCCUUUCGCUGCAUCAAGCUACCAGAGGGCGAGCAGACGGUCGAUUGGGCCGAUGGCUCUGGCUUGACCAAAAAGGUUAAGCCAGGACGUACGGCCUUUUUCAGCACGGCCCAGCUAUAUGACAUGCUCACGCCAGAGGAGCAGCAAAUGGCAGACCACAGCUGGUGUGAGCAGAUGUUUUACCCUUACGAGUGGAUCCUCGGCUGUCGCGGGAACCCCAACGGUCUCAAUGUCGCCUGCGAGGGCAGAGAGGUGCCCUUUGACGUGAUGGAGGCCAUGCCAAGGAAGCCAAAGAACCAACUUGUUCUUCCCCUCGUCUGGAUGAACAGUGUCACCGGCAAAAAGCAUUUCCAAGUCCAACCCAACACUGUCCGUCGUCUUUUCAUCCGCAACAAUGCCGAAGAGACGCCUAGAGUCAUUGAAGAUGUCAAAGAAAUACGGGAUUUCCUUACCAAGCUUCAGAUCAGGGUCCUACGGCCAGAGAACAUCUACGUCGGGCCAGAAGAGGAGGGUGAUCACGUGUUUUGGUACAAUUGGGGAGUUAUGCACACAAAGAUUGACUAUCCAGUCAAGUAUGGUGUGCGGACCGCUCACCAGGGUUGGAUUCCUGCCAGUAGGGCGCCGACUGGGCCAGUACCUAUCUCAGGUCAGGAGUGAAACAAGGGUAAUUAUGAUUAUAGCUGCGCUUGUCGGUUCAUCGGCAAACAUACGAAUUGGAUAAAUCAUAUACAUAACAUGUAAUUUAGAAACACGUGGCAGAAUCUUCAACAGAUUUUGCAAUCCCGUAGUUAGUUACGCUUAGUUUAAAUCAUGCGUUAAAAUACUAUCUUGG